AUGCUGUUCCAGGCUUUGUGGGUUGAGGAGAAUGAGUGGGAUUCACCUAUGUCAGAAGACAAGCAAAAACUCUGGAACGAAUGGUGCAGCGAAAUUCCGGAACUGACAAAGGUCAGCGUGGACCGUUGCUUCCUGCCAAGCGGUCACAGAAAUCCGCAACUCCACAUAUUUUGUGACGCAAGUCCCAAGGGCUACGGGGCUGUAGCGUAUCUUCGAGUUGAGAACAAAGAUGGAACUGUGAUAUCAACAAUUGUUCUCUCUAAAUCUCGAGUAGCCCCCCUUAAAAGGUUGACCCUGCCUCGCCUGGAACUAAUGGCUGCGUUGAUCGGCUCGAGAAUGUUGAACUACCUUACGCGGAUCUGCACAGGAUUGGAUUUUGACUACUUCCUAUGGUCGGACUCAAUGAUUGCGCUUUGGUGGAUAAGAAGACCCCCGAGUGAAUGGAAGCAGUUCGUGAGCAACCGCGUUGAGGAAAUUCAGCAAAAGACCGAUCACCGAAGAUGGAAACAUUGUCCGGGGACGGACAACCCUGCCGAUUGUCUUACUAGAGGCAUGCCAGCGAGGGCACUGGUGGAUAGCAGCACCUGGUGGCAGGGACCUGUUUGGCUUCAUCUCGACUCGUCAAGUUGGCCAAACAGCGACGUCGAAUGGGACGACAUGACAAACGACGAGAGGAGUUUCAAAUCUAGCAUCCUGCAAGUCUCGGUGUCAUCGAAUUCUGCAAUCAUGGAUGCAGAGAAAUACAGCAGCCACCGGAGACUGACAAGAGUUACCGCUUGGGUCCUACGCUUCGAGCGUAACGUGCGAUGCCGUAACGGUCGAACUGUCGGCACUCUAACGGUCAAGGAGCUCAACGACGCGGAUAACCUUUGGGUAAAGCAGGCACAGGCGGAGCAUUUCGCCGAGGAGGUUAAUCUGCUACAGAUGGGUCAUCCAGUGGCACCUGAUUCGAAGUUGGCCAAUCUACGACCGUACCUGGACGACAACGGCAUCAUUCGCUUACGGACGAGACUGCAGUGCGGAGCAGAUGGAGAGGACGUGAAAUGUCCAAUCAGAAGAUUGGAAGAUGGAAACGCUGCCCUGGGGCUGAGGGAGGUCUCACUGGCAACCACAGGGGUGGCAUCCAAUGUAUUGCUCCGUAGACGAAAGCGUGCUGGGCGAACGCAGUGCAUCCUGGACAGGUCCUGGUCGCACGUCACAGCAAACGUCGAGGCGCACGUGACCUUAAAGAUGGCGGCGCCCGCGAUCGGUGGCAAAACCGUUUGUAAGCAAUGUGGUUGUUGUUUCUGGACGACGUUUUGA